GCCAGUGGCACGAGCAGAGAGAGAGCGGACAGGGAGCCCGCUGCUGCCACCUCAACAUGGAGCCCAGCGUUUACUGCUAAGAAACGGAUCCCACAGAGAGGAAUACGCGACGGCCUCUGUUUAAUCCACCGCCGAAGUCCCCGCAAAUGAUACAGCGACAUUUAUUUCUUCGUAAACGCAACGGAAAGCUCGGCUUUUAUUUGAAAGAUGGCGAACGACUCUCCAGCUAAAAGUCUAGUAGACAUAGACUUGGCUUCAUUGCGGGACCCUGCUGGGAUAUUUGAAUUGGUGGAGGUAGUUGGAAAUGGCACCUAUGGACAAGUAUACAAGGGACGACACGUCAAGACUGGACAGCUGGCUGCCAUCAAAGUCAUGGACGUCACAGAGGAUGAAGAAGAGGAAAUUAAACUGGAGAUCAAUAUGCUGAAGAAGUAUUCCCACCACCGAAACAUAGCCACAUACUACGGUGCGUUCAUUAAGAAGAGCCCGCCAGGACACGAUGACCAGCUAUGGUUGGUGAUGGAGUUCUGUGGAGCUGGUUCCAUCACAGACCUGGUGAAGAACACCAAGGGGAACCAGCUGAAGGAAGACUGGAUCGCUUACAUCUCCAGAGAGAUCCUGAGGGGUCUGGCCCAUCUACACGCCCACCACGUCAUCCACCGUGACAUCAAGGGCCAGAAUGUCCUGUUGACUGAGAACGCUGAAGUCAAACUAGUUGACUUUGGCGUGAGCGCUCAGCUGGAUCGGACAGUGGGGAGGAGAAACACGUUCAUCGGGACCCCUUACUGGAUGGCCCCGGAGGUCAUUGCUUGUGACGAGAACCCAGACGCUACAUACGAUUACAGGAGUGAUCUGUGGUCUUGUGGCAUCACAGCCAUUGAAAUGGCAGAGGGGGCACCACCACUUUGUGACAUGCACCCCAUGCGCGCGCUCUUCCUCAUUCCAAGAAACCCUCCUCCCAGACUCAAGUCUAAAAAAUGGUCCAAAAAGUUUUUUAGUUUCAUCGAGGGUUGUCUGGUGAAGAACUACACACAGCGCCCCCCGACAGAGCAGCUGCUGAAGCACCCCUUCAUCCGAGACCAGCCCAACGAGAGGCAAGUCCGCAUUCAACUCAAAGAUCACAUUGACCGGACCAAGAAGAAGAGGGGAGAGAAGGAUGAGACAGAGUACGAGUACAGUGGUAGUGAAGAGGAGGAGGAGGAUCCCCCAGAACAAGAAGGAGAGCCCAGCUCCAUUGUCAAUGUGCCAGGUGAGUCGACGCUGCGCCGUGACUUCAUCCGCCUGCAGCAGGAGAACAAGGAGCGAUCAGAGGCGCUCCGCCGCCAGCAGCUCCUCCAGGAGCAGCAGCUCCGGGAGCAGGAGGAGUACAAGCGCCAACUACUGGCUGAGAGGCAGAAACGCAUUGAGCAACAGAAGGAGCAGAGGAGGCGGCUGGAGGAGCAACAGCGCCGUGAACGGGAGAUGAGGCGGCAACAGGAGCGUGAGCAGCGUCGCCGCGAGCAAGAGGAUAAGAGGCGUAUCGAAGAAAUGGAUCGUAGACGUAAAGAAGAGGAGGAACGCCGGCGGGCUGAGGACGAGAAGAGAAGGAAUGAUCGUGAACAGGAGUACAUUAGACGUCAGCUGGAGGAGGAGCAGAGACACCUGGAGAUGCUGCAGGAGCAGCUGCUCCGUGAACAGGCCAUGCUGCUGGCCGACGAGCGGUAUCGUAAGAACAUUCAGGGCUCCCCUCAGAUUGCCCCUCCUACGAAACAGCCCCCUCUGCCUCCCCGCUCCUCUGAACCGUUCUCCAACGGCUCCUCCUCCGAGGCCUCCGCCAUGCACCGGCCCAUGGAGCCUCAGGUCCAGUGGUCCCACCUGGCUGCUCUAAAAAGCAGUAACAGCGCCGCCCCCUCUCCUCCUCCUCCGCCCGUGGUCUCUCGCUCCCAGUCCUUCAGCGAGCGCGGCGUGACCUCUAGCUUUGCACAACUCCACCUGCUCCAGGACCCCCACCAUCACCACCACCACCCAUCGCCCGCACGCACUGACCCCCAGCCCCAACCUCCCCUCCACCACCCUCAGGCCCAAACUCGGGUCGAACACCAGGCCGGCAGCGAGGAGGUGCCUCCCAAGGUCCCAGUAAGGACAACAUCCAGGUCUCCGGUGCUGUCACGCCGGGAGUCCCCUCUGCCAUCACAGCCCGGCAACCAGGGCGGACAGAGGAACGCUGGCAGUAAUGUGGAGCAGCGGCCACUGUGGGACCGAGUGGAGAAGCUGCAGCCUCGGCCGGGGAGCGGCAGCUCCUCCGGCUCCUCCAACUCCAGCUCCCAGGCCAGUCCUGGUGACCGCUUCAGGCCACGCUGUGAGUCCCCUGCUUCCUCCAAAUCUGAAGGAUCGCCUCUCCAGCGGCCUGAAAAUGUCCCCAAAAAACAAGAUGAAAAGAACCUUGCCAGGCCUACUCGACCAGCUGGUGAUGCGGAUCUGACAGCUCUUGCCAAGGAGCUUCGUGCGGUAGAUGAUGUGAGGGUCCCCCACAAGGUCACUGACUACUCCUCCUCAAGCGAAGAGUCGGGCACCACUGACGAGGAAGACGAUGAGGAGGUGGACCAGGAGGCGGGAGAGGAGUCCACCUCAGGAGCCGAGGACUCCAGGGCUGGAUAUCCCCAUGGCUUCCGCAGGAGGCUGAGUAACGGAGAGACAGAGUCAGCAAAGACCAUGCUGGUGGAAGACUCGGAGAGCGAACAAGCCAUAACGCCCUCCAAGGACGGCACACUGGUCAUCAGACAGAGCACUGCUGACAUAAAGCGAUUGGUCAAUCUCUCCUCCUCUCCCUCGGCUGGCCCUGGUCACGUCCACGGCCAGCCCCAACCCCCUGGCCAUGGCCUGGCGGAGAAAAACGGCUUUGCCGGCCGCAUACACCACCUACCAGACCUUAUCCAGCAGAGCCAUCACUCCCCUUCCUCUACCACAACCAUCCCUUCCUCCUCCUCCUCCUCCUCCUCCUCCUCCUCCUUCCCCUCAUCAUCUAGCUAUGCCAGUCCUGCCAUGUCCCCACAGAACCCCCUGGACAAGCUCACUGCCAUAGAGUCACAGUCAGAAAGCAACUCCAUGUCCAAACACAAGUCCUCCUCUUCCUUCACUCCCUUCAUCGACCCUCGUCUUCUCCAGAUUUCUCCAUCCAGCGGCAGCUCCCUCAACAACAUGGCAGCAUUCGGACCAGACGGACGGCUAGCAGACCCGCUGAGGUCCGAAGCUUCCCGUAAAGGCUCAGUGGUCAACGUCAACCCGGUCAACACGCGCCCGCCAAGCGACACGCCAGAGAUUCGCAAGUACAAGAAGAGGUUCAACUCUGAGAUCCUGUGUGCUGCACUCUGGGGAGUGAACCUGCUGGUGGGAACAGAGAGCGGUCUGAUGCUGCUCGACAGGAGCGGUCAGGGAAAAGUUUACCCGCUGAUCAACAGGAGACGUAUCCAGCAGAUGGACGUCCUGGAGGGACUCAACGUCCUGGUCACCAUAUCAGGUAAAAAGAACAAGCUGCGAGUGUAUUACCUGUCAUGGCUGAGAAACAAGAUUUUGCACAACGACCCUGAGGUUGAGAAGAAGCAGGGUUGGGUUAAUGUGGGCGACCUCGAGGGCUGCGUCCACUACAAAGUCGUGAAAUAUGAGAGGAUUAAGUUCUUGGUGCUGGCCUUGAAGAACGCUGUGGAGGUGUAUGCCUGGGCGCCCAAACCUUACCACAAGUUCAUGGCCUUUAAGUCUUUUGGUGACCUGGUGCACAAGCCUCUGCUGGUCGACCUGACAGUGGAAGAAGGUCAGAGGUUAAAGGUCAUCUACGGCUCCUGCUCAGGCUUCCAUGCUGUGGAUGUGGACUCUGGUGCCGUCUACGACAUCUACUUGCCCACACAUAUCCAGACCAGCAUUCAGUGCCAUGCCAUCAUCAUCUUGCCCAACACUGACGGGAUCGAACUGCUGGUGUGUUACGAAGACGAGGGUGUCUACGUCAACACAUACGGGCGCAUCACCAAGGACGUGGUGCUGCAGUGGGGAGAAAUGCCAACUUCAGUGGCCUACAUUAGGUCAAACCAGAUCAUGGGCUGGGGUGAGAAGGCCAUAGAGAUCCGCUCAGUGGAGACGGGUCACCUGGACGGCGUCUUCAUGCACAAGAGAGCCCAGAGACUCAAGUUCCUUUGUGAGAGAAAUGACAAGGUCUUCUUUGCCUCUGUGCGCGCUGGAGGUGCCAGCCAGGUCUAUUUCAUGACCCUGGGACGCUCCUCCCUCAUGAGCUGGUAGUCGCCAUUCUACCGCACCAACCAACACGACAACCAGACCUAAGCAGUGACCAACAGAUGACGAUUGUGACUAUGACCAACAACGAUGAAGAAGAGAACCGCCUGGAGCAUCUGGAUGGAGAGAACAGCUUCCUCUCACCUGCUCGGGCAAACAAAACAACGGAUUGGACUGUAAUCACGAAAAGAAGCCUAGUGUGCGUUUGGGAGCGAGGAGGUAUGUUCUGUUUGCGUGCAUCGUCACAAGUCCACUGAGUAAAGUAUGUUACAACAGAACGCCCACCUCCACGAGCCUCCCGGUUCACCCAAACUAUGAGCCGAUCCCCCUAAUCCUCUUCCUCUGCAGGGGAUCUGUUGCCUGUUGACGGUAAAUCUUUAUGUGUCAUAGUUAAACUUUGCAUCGUGUAUGUGUGAAUGGAGGAAACACUGAGCAUGUGAAUGACUGAAGGGGACGAUAGGAGGCUAAACACGGCUGUUACUGUAUCCAAGUGUAGCCGUUUGUAGCUGUGUUUAGUCCAGAUCCUGUUCAGGUGAAAUUAACUCCCACCACGGUAGAUUUCCACGUCAAGCAUGUCAUUUUUAACACUAGUUCACAGUCACAUAAAUACCGCUUGACAUGUAAAUCUGCCUCUGUAUCUUCACUUUCUUUGCCUUCUCCUCCUUAAAGUGAAGACUUUUUUAAGGGACCUUCUUGAUAUAUCCAUUAAAUACAGGGUACUGGAUAUCAGCGUGUACAUACUAACUACAUCAAGGCUUCAGACUGUCCCAGGUUUUACUAUCUUUACCACAUUGCCUCAUAGGUUAUGUUGGACAGAAGUAGCCCUGUUUAUGGCAGCAUGUUGGCGACGAAAAUUAGCUCCGGUUUUUCAUACACUGUAUAUUUUGUAUGUGACUUGCUGCACAUAAAUAAAGAAUGCAGGACACACCCAUAGAUGAGUUUUAAAGGAAAAAUCCACUCUGUUUACAUGUUGUGAUUUGCUUCUCUGGCUUUUCCUUUAUCAUUUUCACAUCGACUGGAUCACUCAAACAACACGUGAGAUGCAUUACCAAAUGCUGAUUUUUGGGUGGAUUUUUCCUUUAACAUCAGUCAUAUGUAGGGCUAGGAUAAACUGUGAAUUAGACAGAAUUAGCAGGUGGCCAUUAAGGUAGCAUGGAGGCCAGUGGGCAGAAGUGACAGGAAGGGAAUGAAGGCAGCGUGCAUCAGAGGGCUGAGAAGAAGCUUUGAACAUCACACUCCGAAAAAAGUGAAGGACAUCAGGCUCAGCUGAUUGUCCUCCAUCUCCACGACGACUAUUGAAUUUCACAUCUAUUAUCCAACUCUUAAUUUGAAGGUGAGUUUAGCUUUAUGUUGAGCUAAACGUUUGCCUUGAAGGGCCUCCAGCUCGAAAUCCUCUGCAGGUUUUCACAAGAUAAACCUUUAAAACCUGGAGCAACAUCACUUUUCUUGUGAUGCGACUUCUUUCAAAAACAUGGGGAAAAACAGC